AUUUCCUCACCCGGUGGUUCCACUCCCUUGGUCCAUCAUGCAUCACUCUGUGCCGCCAAUGGCCAGCGAUUCUCUGAAUGUGUCCUACCUUGAGAGAGCGCCUCCACGCCGGAACGCUAAUGUGCAGGCAUUCAUCCGUGGGAAGGAAUCCUCCUACGCAGAUGCUCUGGAGUUUUGCCGUCAAGGUUUAGGUUUCAUGGGAGAUGAAAUCUUGACAAAGGUGAAAUCUGAGAUGCAACAAACGGUGAACUACAUCAAGUCAGAAGUAGCCGACAUGAAGUCCGAGGUAGCGGACAUGGUCGAACACCACCAUUUGACCUUGGCUGCGAAACUUGAGUCGAUUAAUGAGAAACUCUAUUCAGUCGAGAGAAUCGACGGUGCCAAGCGCUCACAGUCUCCGGACGCACGAUCACGUGAGCAGAACGAAGCGAAUCGCCGGCUGGUCCUGAGGAGAGAAGAGCAGAUUUUGCAGAUUCAUGACCAGCUUGCAAAAAUGUCCGAUCAACUUAACAAAGUCAACAAGAAGAGUGAUAUGGACCAGUGCAUGCAGAACCUGGCUGGGAAGAUCGAUCUACAACAAAUGCUCGAUGCCCAAGCAAUGAACUUGAUGCAACAGAUGCGGCAGAUGCACAUGGGCACUCAUGAUGUUUCGGAGGUUUUGAGAGAAUUGGAAAAUGCCAAACCCCCUCAAAUUGAUUUGUCACUGAUCUCAACAGAAAUCCGGAAGACCAUCAUGAUCUUCGAGGAGGACUUUCGGAUGCUGAUGAAUGAAAUCACCAAAGUGCAAAAGCACCUGCAGAUUGAUUAUGUUGAAAUAGCCGCUGUAGGUCAGGUCACUGGGCUGAGUGUACAGGAGUCAACUGCAGUUCCAGCAGAAGGAGCACCAACCACGGAGGGAACAUGUCCUUCUCCCUCAUGUCCUUCUCCCUCACCAAGCGAAUCGGCUUCCAGAGGGAGCAAGGUGAUGAUAGAAGGCGUCACGUUUGCUGAGGAGGAGGUGGUGAUUUGUGAAGAUCUCCAUAUUGCUUCCAGAGUGAAAAGGUCAAAGAGGGUUCGCGAGGUGUCAGCCCAAACCGAAAAUUCUAGACGGGACGAACAUGUUCAGACAGAUCUGGACCAUCAAGCGCACAAGCCGCACCACAAGAAGAAGACACUGCCAGCAGCAAAGACAAAGGUGGUGCAACCUGUAGCGCAGUUGCGCCCUGGGCUGCAAGACAAAGAUGCUUUCAAGGAGAGAGCUAGGAAGGCCUUGCUGCGUCCACAGUACAAUGUUUUUGACUACUACCAUACAACUGGCGUGUGUCAGGCCAUUGCUCGUCACUUUGUUUUUGACAAUCUCACUGUUUGUGUGGUUGCACUUAAUGCAAUAUGGAUCGCGGUUGACAUUGACUACAAUACCAGUGCUGUUUUGACACAAGCUGACACAGUUUUUCAAGUUGUGGAACACUCAUUUUGCACCUACUUUUUCCUCGAGAUCAUGAUACGAUUUGGUGCCUUCGCUCACAAGCGCAGAGCUCUUAUGGAUGUUUGGUUUCUUUUCGAUUCUGUCCUCGUGGCCAACAUGGUGGUGGAAACUUGGUUGGUUCCCAUCAUUAUUAUUGCAGCUGGAACAGAUGCGGCAGAUGUCUUGAAUAUCUCAUUCCUUCGAAUGAUGCGUAUGGUGAAGCUACUUCGUUUGUCCAGAAUAUCAAGGUUUAUCCGUUCAGUGCCCGAACUGGUCAUCAUUCUGAAGGCCAUGGGCUUUGCAGCGAGAUCGGUGCUGGUCUUCUUCCUUGUUUGGCUGGUGAUCAUCUAUAUAUUUGCAGUCGUGCUACGACAAGCAACGGACUCUUCAACAGUCGGCACAAGCCUGUUUCCUUCAGUUCCCUCAGCCAUGAACACUCUAUUGCUUGAUGGCCUUCUUGCAGACUAUGCGCCAUUGAUGAAGUCUUUGGGUUCUGAGAGUGCAAUUCUUUGGGUUGUGGGCCUUGCAUACAUUUUGCUGGUUGCCAUCACAGUUCUGUAUAUGCUCGUUGGAUGCUUGGUGGAAGCUGUUGGAGCAAUCGCAAGCUCACAAAAGGAAGGUUUGGCAAUCAGCUAUGUUGCUGGCAGCGUGAGAGCCAAAAUGGAGUCUCUGGGACAUAGCCCAGAAGGAGACAUAUCGCUUCACAGCUUCCAGCAAUAUUUGACAGAUCCGGAGAUAGCUGGUAUCCUGUCGAGCGUGAAGGUGGAUGUUGUAAUCCUGGGAGAAAUGUUGGAGAUGAUCUACGAAGAUUUAGAACGUCAGGGUGAGGCUAUGACAUUUGAGAAAAUGAUUGAGCUGAUGCUGAAUGGGCGGGGCUCCAACACCGCAACUGUCAGGGAUAUAAAGGAGCUGCUGCGAAUGAUCAGAUCGGCAAUCAAACUAUCUGGGGUGGAGACCCUGAACAAAGUGACAGAGGAAAUGGGCAGUGUCGCAGCUACCAUACAGGCAUUGCGGAUAGAAGGAGCGGGAGACAGCGACUCAGAUUCCAGUAGUGGCCGAAGUCCUUCCGUCGCAGUAUCUGGAAGGCCCAGGAUGCAUGUCCAAGAAACUACUUCAGUGAGGUCUGGUCGUUUGGGUUGGUGAAGGACUGAUAGAAGUGGAUGAAAUGUGCAGAUGAAAGAAUUGCCAAGGCUAAAACAGCCAGGCCAAAGCUUUGGAAGAACAUUUGUACAUAGGAUUGACAAUGAACUAUCCCAGUUCAGCUAGGUUUUCCAGCAUUCUAGCCUAGCCGACUUGUGCAACUUUUUGCCGCAGAAUAUCUGUGCAACACUCCAUCGUCAGUGCCAUGUCGAAGACAAUUCUCUGCCAUGGAGAAGUGAA